AUGGAGUUGAUGAAGACGGUUAAGCAUCAUCAACAGACCGACUUUCUGAACGCGCAUCAUGAGGCCGAGGCCAAGCAGGAGGGAUGUGGCACCCGCAUCACCACGACCUCGAGGAGGCCUCCCAAUACGAGGAGCAGCCGCAUCAGCAGGGGCACCUCGUCCGCCACGUCCACCACGAGGAACCGGAGGUCUCGCCCUACAGAAACAAUUACACAAAUUGAGAAAUUGAAACUCAAUUCUAAAAAAUUCUAA